UGGAGGAACUGGCGGAGCAGCACCAUGAGGCUGGGGUCAGGGGAAAGGGGGAAGGGAAAAAAACAAAAAACCAGAGCGGAAACAAAGGGUUUGUUUCGAUCAGAAGAUGCGCGCCUCACCGGCAGGGGCACGUGAUGGGGCGAGAUUCCAGGAACGGACCAGCAACAAACCCACUUCCUGCCCUAACCCCCUGACGAACUCUCCGACGAUAUCAUACCCUUUCCCACCAGAACACGACCUCACGCUUGAAGAGGAUUGUCGAGAGGGAUUCGGGACAAGUAUCCACUAUCCCAACUCUCCUGCCGGUACCGGUAUUCUACAGGUAUUCCUUCACCUUCCAGCAUCCCUUACGCCACCGCUGCAGGGCCAACACACAGCGGAUCACAUCAUAUCAAAGGGGAGGAAUCUGAAGCUUUGGCCUGGAUUAGGGCAGCACGGGAAAAAACGAAAAAAGGAGGCCCAUGUGUCACGAUCGAAGGGAAACACACCGUAGGUGAGCAAACUGAUGCCUUGCUGUCAUCGCACAAACAAGAAAUCAUCAGAAUAACCGCACCUUCUCAUUCCCGGGCACCCCGCAAUCGAUUCUGACCGGGACUCUGCAGGAACCGGCUUGCAUAUCGAUAAGCCUAACCCCAAACGCAUCCCUCCCCCGCAACACAACCCCCCCCCACUACUCAUCCGCUGUGCUACUCGCCCAACUAGACACACAAUCAACCAGUCGGCACUUCCUCACGCCAGCCUUCCCCAUCCGCUCCCCCGAUUGCUACACCCGGGGUCCUAGUCCGCCAUGGCUACGGAGGUCCCAGAUCCGCACCAACUGCACGCAGCUCUGCAGACGGCAGUACUGAAAUGUUCUGAACGAUGCCUUUACCAGGCAGCGAAAUGGUGAGCCGUAUCCAAUUGAGCCUUCACUUCGCCAGCUCCCGCUAACGCCUAAUCGCAGGGCAGCAGAGGCCUUAACAUCUAUGCCACCCCUCGUUCCGCAGAACGAUACACCUCUCCCGCAAACCUAUCUCCAUCCCACCUCCUCCCACGAGAAAGAAGCCAUAUUGCAAGCAGGCGAACUCCCAACAUACUUAUUAUCGAAAUCCUAUUUUGAUGUUCACGAAUAUGACCGUUCGUCCGCUGUUUUAGCGAACUGCAAGUCGUCCAAGUCACGCUUCCUGCACCUUUACGCACAAUACAUUGCCGGUGAGAAACGCCGCGACGAGGAGAGCGAAAUGAUCUUGGGGCCUCUGGAUACAGCAGCUACGCAGAAUCGUGAAGUACAGAGCAUCCUAUCAACUCUGGAAGCAAUAUUCACAGAGAAGGGGGACAACAUCAAUGAGGAUGAUUCUUGGCUGCUAUAUCUCUACGGAAUCGUAUUGCUGAAGCAAAAGAAUGAGGACGAAGCUCGAGCAUCAUUUAUCAAGAGUGUGAAUCUAUACCCGUACAAUUGGUCGGCGUGGUUAGAGUUGGGCUCAACACUGGGAAACCUCGGAGAUGUUCGUGUCGAUCAUCCCGCUCGCGAAGAUUUAUAUAUAUCUGACGAAAGAAACAGCUAAACAACAUCCUCCAAUCCCUCCCAAACAACAUCAUGACAAACAUCUUUGUCCUCUACUCGAACCAAGAACUAUACCAAACCUCCGACCCAGUGCACGCUCAACUAGCCGACCUACAAACCAUCUUUCCAACGUCUGCCUUCCUGAAAACACAACGCGCGCUCCUCUACUACCAUGCCCGGGAAUUCGACGAAGCAGAGACAAUCUUCGACUCGAUCGUGAAGGCAGACCCACACCGCCUCGAUUGUCUAGACCACUACUCCAACAUCCUAUACGUAAUGGAGCGAAGACCAAAGCUCGGCUUCAUAGCCCAACUCGCUAGCGCAACUGACAAAUUCCGGCCGGAAACCUGCUGUGUCGUAGGCAACUACUACUCUCUUAAGAGCGAACACGAAAAGGCCGUGAUGUACUUCCGCCGCGCACUAACUCUCGACCGGGGCUUUCUUAGCGCAUGGACAUUGAUGGGACACGAGUAUGUUGAAAUGAAGAAUACACACGCAGCUAUAGAAGCAUAUCGCCGCGCCGUCGGUACCUUUCCCCCCUUUCUCAUCCCCCAAUUAAGGCCUACCUAACCCAAGUAUAAAAGACGUAAACCGCAAAGACUACCGUGCCUGGUACGGCCUCGGCCUCUCCUACGAAGUUCUAGAGAUGCACUACUACGCUCUCUUCUACUUCCAACGCGCUGCUAGUCUCCGCCCCUACGAUCCGCAAAUGUGGCAAGCAAUGGGCAGCUGCUUCGAUCGAAUGAACCGCCCCAGCGAGGCCAUAAAAGCCUACAAACGUGCCCUCAUAUCCCCGACAAACACAUCCCCGGACACGGCAGUGCUCCUACAGAUCGGGCUCAUGUUUGAGAAACUAAAUAAUCAGAAGGAGGCUGCUAGGUGGAUGGAGAUGUGCCUCAAGGAGGAGGACGAGAAUUCCGGUGUUACGCAGGCGACGAGUAAAGCUAGGAUGUGGCUAGCCAGAUGGGAAUUUGUCAACCAGAAUUGGGCGAAGGCGGCCGAGUAUGCCAAUGAGCUCUGCCAGGAUGGGCAGGAGAUUGAAGAAGCAAAGGCGCUCGUGAGGGAUCUGAGGAGUCGGAUGGAGGUUGGGAAGAUGUAAUAGUUGGUAGCUGUAGUGCUUUCCUCGCCAAAAUAGGGGGGGGGCUGUAUUAUAGACGUCGGCAGUUUAGCUAUCAUAUUAUAGUGGUAGAAAAGUUACUAGUAGGGUACUAGUUGUGUAGACAGACUACAUUUUACCCAACAUAUCCACCGCCUCUACCGAAGUUCAAUCCUCGACCUAUG